UUAGAGAUGCUGGUGCGGUUUGGAAGGCGCUGUGGACGGGCGAAGGAAGAUACAGAAAUAAAGAACUCUGAAGAAGAUCAAGCUCUCUAUCCACCUCUUCUACCUAGCAAGGUAGAUCUCCGGGAGGUUACCAUAAUUCCACAGAAUGAGUGGAAAAGGAUUCAAGAUAGCCUUGAUAGUUUGACAAGAGAAGCAGCAUGUCUUCGUGCAGAAAGAAAGGCAAAGAAAGAAAUGCAUUUCCGAUCCCAAGAAGUGGUAAAACAUUGGACUAACACAUAUGCAGGGAUGAAAGAACAGAAACUUGAAGCCAAAAAGAAGCGUGAUGAAGAAGUAGAGGCAGAAAGACAAAUUCUUGAUUUAGAGGAGGAAAUACACAAACAAGGAGAAAGAAAAAAGGCUAUUGAAUUUGCAAAGCAAUAUCAAUUGUACCAGACAGAAAGAGUGAAACGCUUUCAUUCAGGACUUCUUCUUAGUAGAGCUAUGAAAGAACGUGAUGCACAGAUUGAAUUCCAAAAGAAUAAAAUAAAAUCAGAUGAAAAAUGGGAAGAACAAUUGAAACUCAGCAUUGAAAAAUCUUUUAAGGAAGAAAAAGAAAAAGCAGAAAAACAACGCAGAGAUAGAAUGGCUCUUGCCAAUGAUCAUUUAAAACAAAUCAAGGAACAUAAAGAGGAAGAAGAAAGAAGGAGAAAACAUGAAGAAAGGGAUGCUAAGGAAAUAAAGCGACAGAAUGCAUUAUAUGAAAUAGAAAUGAGGAAAAAACUAGAAAAGAAAAAAGAAGAGAUAAAUGAAAGCAGAAAACUGUUUUUUGAAAAUAUGAAUGACAAAAAUAUCAUCAAAGCGGUAGAAUGGCAGCAGCAAGAGGAGGAAGAUGAAAAGAUUAGAAAAUUUAUCAAAGCUAAAAAGCGUCUUAUGCAAAUGGGGAAAGAAAAAGAAGCUGAAACACACAGGCUAAUGGAAGAAAGGAGAGAAAGAAUAAAUAACUUUCUGAGUGAACUCAUGAAAGAGAAACUUGACAAUGAAGAUUUGAUUAUUGCUAGAGAUACUGCAGAAGCUGAGGCUGAACAGGAAAAAAAAGAAAAAGAAAAAUAUGAAAAAAACAAAGCAGAAUUAAAAGCAAUUGCAGAAUAUAGAGCUGUUGUGAUGAAAAAUAAAGAGGAAGAAGAAAGACAGAGGAAACUAGAUGCCAAAGAACAAUUGCUGGCUAUCAUGGAAGCAGAUCAGAUUUUCCAAGAGCAUGAGAAGGAGAAAAAAAGCAAAGCUGAUAAAGAACGUCAAGAACUUCGAGAUGCCCAUAUUCAGCAAAUGGCCCAAAAUAAAUUUAAUGCAAAGCAAGAAAAACAAGAAGAAUUAGAGUAUUACAGACUUACUGAAGCUCUUGUGGCUGAAAAGGAAAAGGAAUUUCAGGAUUAUGCCAGAGAAGUAAUUGAACUUGAGUCUGAAUCAACAAAUAAGUAUAUCUAUCCUCUUGUAAAAGCUGUACGGGAAGGACAUGGAGGUGGCCGUGGACCAGUUUUUGUGGACAGAGGUGGAUUAAGACCCAGUUAUCAGGCAAAUGAUGUCACUGGAGUCCAGCUCCCUUUUUAUAACUCUCAGGGAUCAAAAUAUAGUAAUUUUCAAAAGUCUAAGGGAAGGCUAGGUUUUACACGGUAG